AUGGGGAGAGUUGGAUUUAAGUUCCCAAUCUUUCUCACAUUGAUCCAUUAUGUGACAUCAUGGUUGCUUCUUGCCAUUUUCAAGACACUUUCAAUUCUUCCAGUUGCUCCUCCUUCUAGAACUACUCCUUUCUCUUCUAUCUUCUCCUUAGGUGCUGCCAUGGCUUUUGCCUCAGGUCUUGCCAAUACAAGCCUAAAGCAUAACAGUGUUGGCUUCUACCAGAUGGCUAAAAUUGCUGUCACUCCUCCUACCAUUGUUUCUGCUGAGUUCAUUCUCUUCAGGAAAACCAUUUCUUUUAACAAGGUUUUGGCUCUAGCUGUUGUCUCAGCAGGUGUGGCAAUAGCAACCGUAACAGAAGUGGAGUUCAAUGUGUUCGGUGCUUUAAUUGCAAUUGCAUGGAUAGUCCCAAGUGACUUCACAUGUUCUGUUUAUGCAGGGCAACCUCAGCGACUUCACAUGUUGUUCUUGGACAGUACAAGACUUGUGUGA